AUGGCAUCUGUUCCUGCUUUGUCGGCCUUGAAUGGCCCGACAUAUGUCACAGCCCAGACGCUGAUCCAGCAAGUCGCAUACUUGCUGAGCGACAAGAUCUUCUCCUACUCACCGGAGAGUUUCAAUUUGGAUGCUGCCCUCAAGGAGUGGACUUCCAAGAACGAGACCAACGCCAAUGGCGAGUCUCCUGCCGUCAAGACCCUCGAAACUCGCCAGGGUGCCGGCAACAUGGCCCUCGGCUACCUCUUCUCGCAGGACUUUGAUCUGAAGAAGCGCCACGUUCCCCAAGGAAUUGUUGCUUCUUCGGCCACCCUCCCCUAUAUGCGCGCAGCCCUUGAGCAACUCUCUUUACUCUACUCUGUCGCCAGCCCUGUUGCCGCGCAUGUCGCCGCCGUCGACUAUGCCAGCGAGGGCCUCGUCUCCGACUAUGCCUCUGCCCUCGCUUUGGCCGAGGAGCUCGGACUUGGUCUCGUUUCCAGCGGCUCUGCCCACGAGUCCCAGCACAUGGCUCUCUUUACAACUCUGCUCUCCUCAAUCCUUCCCUCCGUCCACAUCUAUGACGGUGUCCGCGUUGGCCGUGAGACCACCCGUGUGAUCGACGUUCUCGACAAGGAGGGCUUGACUCGCACUUACGAGUCUGUUCGCAAGACCCUCGAUGAGUCUCGCACCCGUCACCUUGAUUCCCAGGGCAAGGUCCUUGAUCUCCUCAAGACCCUGAACGGCGAGCUCGGAACUGACUACGGUGCCUUUGAGUACCACGGUCACGCCGAGCCCGCCUCCGUCCUGGUUGCCUUCGGUACUGUUGAGGCUGCCCUGACUGCUCAGGUUGCCCGCUCUCUGGCCAAGGACGGUGUUCGUGUCGGUGUUGUCAACGUCCGUGUCUACCGUCCCUUCAUUGAAGAGGAGUUCCUGCGCGUCCUCCCCCAGUCCACCACGACUGUCGGCAUUCUUGGACAGGUUGCUUCUGAGCAGGCCGUUCAGGAAGAGGGCGUCCACUCCGCCCUCUAUGAGGAUGUCCUUGCUGCUUUGACCUUUGCCACUGGUCGUGAGCAGGCAUCCUCCUGUGUCGAGAUUAAGUACCCUCGCUCUCAGCGCUGGGACCUUGUCUCGACAGCUGCUGCUUUCCAAUUCAUCUCCGACAAGCCAAUUAUCAGCGAGACUAACCAGACUGCUCCUCUGCAGCUGCUCGACCCCACCUCCGUCCAGGAGUACACUUUCUGGGACGUCGAUAGCUCCGUCACCAGUGAGGCUGCCUACACUCUUGGCCAGGCUCUUGGUGCCGACUCGGCAAGCAACGUCACCACCAGCAAGGUCCACGACAACCUUGUUCAGGGUGGUGCCGUCCGCAUUGAUAUCCGCAAGAGCGCCAAGAUUGUGGACGCACCUUACGCUGUCACUGCUGCUGAUGUUUCCUACGUCGGCAGCAUCGCCCUGCUCAAGGACGUUGAUGUUCUGGCCUCCGUCAAGGACAACGGCAAGAUCAUUGUCAACGCGCCGGGUGUCAAGGAUGAGGAUCUUGAGAAGAAGCUGCCAGCCACCUUCAAGCAGGGUGUUGCCCAACGCGCAAUCUCCGUCUUCAUUGUCGACCCAUCUAUUGUCGACGACUCCUCCCUAGAUGCUCUUGUUCUCCAGGCCUCCUUUGUGCGUGUUGCUCUGCCUUCCCAAGAGAGUGUUGCCACCAGGAAGUUGUCCGCCAUUACCGGCAACGCCGAGUCUCUGGACAACGUGACCAAGGAACUCGAGAAGGUUCUGCGCCAGAUUGAGGUUCCCGAAACCUGGAAGGAGCCCGAGGGAAUCAGCGAGGCCAUCCAGCUCCCCAAGGACAUCUCCUCCAACAGCUUUGUUUCGUUCGACAAGAACGAGGCCGAGCCCCCAACCCUGCUCAAGGACUGGGAGACUGCUGCCCGUGGCCUGGCCUUCAAGGAGGCCUAUGGCACCAAGGAUGCCCUCCGUCCUGACUUGGCAACCAAGACCUUCACCGUUCACGUCAAGGAGAACCGUCGCUUGACGCCCGUCACCUACGACCGUAAUAUCUUCCACAUCGAGUUCGACCUCGGCAACACCGGCCUGAAGUAUGACAUCGGUGAGGCUCUUGGUGUUCACGCCGAGAACGACCCAGAGGAUAUCACCAAGUUCAUCGAAUUCUACGGAUUGAACCCCGACGCCGUUGUUGAGGUUCCCAGCCGCGAGGACCCUGCCGUCCUGGAGAACCGCACUGUCUACCAGGCUCUGAUCCAGAACGUCGACAUCUAUGGUCGCCCUCCCAAGCGCUUCUACGAGGCCCUUGCCGAAUUCGCCACUGACGAGAAGGAGAAGAAGGACCUCCAAAUGCUGGGCGGUCCCGACGGUGCCGCCGAGUUCAAGCGCCGCGCCGAAGUUGACACCAUCACCUUCGCCGACGUCCUGCUCGAGUACCCUUCCGCUCACCCCGAGUUCCACGAGAUCGUCCGCAUUGUCGGUCCCCUGAAGCGUCGCGAGUACUCCAUCGCCUCGUGCCAGAAGGUCACCCCGACCACCGUCGCCCUGAUGAUCGUCGCCGUGAACUGGACUGACCCCAACGGCCGCGACCGCUUUGGUCUGGCCACCCGCUACCUCAGCCGCCUCCGAGCCGGUUCCCCCAUCACCGUCAGCGUCAAGUCUAGUGUUAUGAAGCUGCCCCCCAAGUCCACCCAGCCCCUCAUCAUGGCCGGUCUGGGUACUGGUCUUGCUCCUUUCCGCGCCUUCGUCCAGCACCGCGCUCUCGAGAAGGCCCAGGGCAAGGAGAUUGGCUCCGUUCUGCUGUACAUGGGCUCCCGUCACCAGCGCGAGGAGUACUGCUACGGUGAGGAGUGGGAGGCUUACCAGGAGGCUGGUGUCAUCACUCUCCUCGGUGCUGCCUUCUCUCGUGAUCAGCCUGAGAAGAUCUAUAUUCAGGACCGUAUGCGCCAGUCUCUCCCUGAGAUUAUCCGGGCUUACAUCCGCGAGGAGGGUGCGUUCUAUCUGUGUGGUCCCACCUGGCCCGUGCCCGACGUCACCGCUGUUCUUGAGGAAGCUAUUGCCACCGAGGCUAAGCUCACCGGCAAGAAGGUCGACACUCGCAAGGAGAUUGAGAAGUUGAAGGAUGAGGAGCGCUAUGUUCUGGAAGUCUACUAG